AUGGCCGAGGGUGGGAUCUCCGAGAGCACACGAGCAGUACGUAACACGUCCGAGUCCGAAGAUGAGGGGAAACAAUCCAAUACACGAGUCACUCGACCGUCAUCGGAUGAUCGGACACGCGCGCUGUGCAUCUUUGGCCAAGCCUCAUUGGAAAGUCCCGACCUUCUAGAGACCCAUCUUCGCCCUGAGCCUGGACAUGGUUCCAUGGGAACCAUGAGAAAUCUGAUUGAUCAGUAA